UAAUCUUCCGCUUUAAUUUUCCACACAAAAAAUACCUCCAUCGCCUAUAUAAGAUGAUCGAGCUGAUCGGACACGUUUAGUAUAAUUUGAGCAAUAAUUAAGACAAAAAACAUGAAAUUUAUCGCCCUAUUUGUGGUAGUUGUUGCCGCUAGUUCUAUCAGCGCCGAACCGAUCCUUGGAAAUCUACUUUCAUCUCUAAAAAAUCCACUAGGUGGUGUCCUCAAAAGUGUAACUGGAACAGUAAAUGGCGUAGUGGACAUUGUUGAAGACACAGUUGAUGUAGUAGCUGAUGUCGUGAAGAGUUUAACGUGUGUGCUUGAUGGUCUUUUACACAGUGUUACGAACAUUACUCAAUCGUUAACUAGCAUAAUUGGAUCAGUGGCGCCACUUCUUAACCAAUUGACUGGAGUUCUUUGCGGAGUUUUCACCACCCUCAACGACACUGUUAACAAUUUGGAUGGAAUAAUUAAAGGUAUCACCGGUGUUGUUGGCAGUGCCCUUAAGGAUGUAGAAUGUGCAGUUACUGAACUAGUACAGACCGUGAACAUUGUUGUUGAAACGGCUACCCAUUUGACUGGAAGUCUCGACAGCCUUUUAUGCUCUAUCGAUCACGCCGUAUUAGACCUAGCUGCAACCGUAGAAGGAUUACUUAAUUCUGUUAUCGAAGUUAUCUCCGAGAUAACUGGUCCAAUUACUGAUGCCGUGCGUAAAGUGUUGUGCUCACUUCAGUUGGUUCUUCAAAAUGUCCUUGCAAUCGUUGACGAUGUUUUGUCAAACGUUUCAGCUCUGCUUGUAAAACUUGAUCUGCCAUUAAGUAAUAUUCUUUCAAGCAUUACUACUCAGUUAUCGCAGACUCUAGCUGACGUUGGUAAAAUCGUAGACAAUCUAAUCAAGAACGUCAAAUGUGUUGUCUCUGAAUUGGUUUCUGCAUUAAAUAAAAUUGUUGGUAGCUUGUCCAACACCCUUCAAAGUCUCGUUGGAACAGUUGGACGCAUUGUUGGAAGUCUGACACCUGUUCUUAUUGAUUUGACCAGCAGCCUAAAACCUCUGCCACUUGAUAACAUUGCUGGAAUCACAUCAGAUGUUUUCGAGGAGAUUAUUGGUGCCCUAAAUGCAGUUUUCGAACCAAUUAAAGGUGCAGUUUCAGCCAUUUCCGGUUUAGUCACUGAAGUUCUUGGUCUUGUUGAUGUAGCUGUUUGCAACGUUCAGACUGGUAUCAGCAUCCUUAUACAAACUAUUGGAUCAAUUACAUUGGCAAAUGCUCAACAAGCUGGAUGUGAAAAUGGUAUCGAUAAACAUCUGACAGCCGCUAUUGUCCAGUUGGUUGCAACGGUGCAAACAUUGGUAGAUUCCAUCGUUUAUCUAGCACAAAACACUCUAUUGAGCGCUGAAGUAGCCAAUGUUUUGGAAACCAUCGUAGCUUCUGUUCUCGCUGCUGUCCAAACCGUCAUCGCUCAGGUCGAAAUUUUACUGGUAGCGUUAAUCAAUGCUGUAGGUGAUGCAGUAUCAAACGUAACUGAUAUUUUGACUGUUGCUUUACGUUCAAUUACAUCCGCUCUAAACGAUGUUGGUGGAACUCUUGGUCAGAUUCUUAGUCAACUUAGUGCUGCUGUCGAUGGUCUAGUUAACUCUGUUGAUGCUUUGGCUAGCACUUUAACUGGUCUUAACGGAUCACUGACAGGUGUCUCCGGUGCUCUAUGCGGUACACUGUCCGGAGUCACAAGUGCUCUGGGCGGUCUCACUCAAAGCCUAAGCGGUGCUGUGAACGAAGUUGCCGAAACAGUCGAAUACGUUGGUGGCAGUCUUCAGGAACUUCUUGAUGGCCUUAAGUCAGCCGCGGUUGUGGCUUUAAAUCAAGUUGCUUGCAGUAUUUCCGACAUCUUACAGACAUUAGAUGCUGUAUUAACAUCACUUGAUGUAGUUAACAGUUGUGGAUGUGGACAAUAAAAUGUCGGGGCUAAGUAUUAUUUAGAUCACACGUAGAAAUAGAUUGAGAUCGGAUUGUUAUAUUGUUAAUAAAUGUAUGAAUGGACU